UUUAAUAGCCUCCGUUACUUGCUUCCAAUUACUGGAACUCGCCUCUCCAGUCUGCAGGAUGAUGUUAAAAAGAAGCUAUUUAAACGGCCUCUGACUAUUGCACAUGCGCCGAGUUUACCCUUCGCGGGGCCAAGAUAGUAAUUCCUGCCAGUCCUUCCUACCGGCUUCAGUCUUGUCGUGCCCACCCUCGCUUUUUCCUGUGCCUAUUGAAAGACCAGUAAACCACGAAAGACCUCUUGGGAUUGGCUGGAUUUACCUAAGAAUUCUGAGGAAGUCGCUUCCUGGCCGAGGAGAAAGGACGACAGCGAUUGGUAGAUCCUUCUAGCGGGAGCGCACAGAUUGGACAAGCCCUGGAGCACGGGGGCGGGGCUGAUAUCCCAGAAGCAGCGGCGGCGACUGCUGAGCGAGUGUGAAGCGGCUGAACUGAGCUGCGGGCCGCAGUAGGGCGCGGCGAGAUGGAGGUGACAGGGAUGACGGCCCCCACAGUGACCCUUUUCAUCAGCAGCUCCCUCAAUACUUACCGCUCUGAAAAGCGGUACAGUCGCAGCCUGACGAUUGCUGAGUUCAAGUGUAAACUGGAGUUGCUUGUGGGAAGCCCUGCUUCCUGCAUGGAACUGGAACUGUAUGGUGCUGAGGACAAGUUCUACGGCAAGUUGGAACAGGAGGAUGCGCUGCUGGGCUCCUACCCCAUAGAUGACGGCUGCCGCAUCCAUGUCAUUGACCACAGCGGUGCCCGCCUUGGGGAGUAUGAAGAUGUGUCCCAGGUGGAGAAAUACGAGCUCUCACAAGAAGCCUAUGACCAGAGGCAAGACACAGUUCGCUCCUUCCUGAAGCGCAGCAAGCUCGGCCCAUACAGUGAAGAGGAGCGGGCACAGCAAGAGGCCGAGGCCGCCCAGCGCCUCAUGGAAGAGAAGACCCUAGCCAGUACCAUCUCUGUGGGCAGCCGCUGCGAGGUGCGGGUGUCCGGGCAGACCCCUCGCCGGGGCACCAUCAUGUAUGUAGGACUCACAGAUUUCAAGCCUGGCUAUUGGAUUGGCGUCCGCUACGAUGAACCCUUAGGGAAAAAUGAUGGCAGUGUGAAUGGGAAACGCUACUUCGAAUGCCAGGCCAAGUACGGCGCCUUCGUCAAGCCAUCAGUUGUGACAACGGGAGACUUCCCCGAGCAAGACUACGGGUUGGACGAGAUGUGACACCCAAGGAAGGCCUCCCUGUUCCAGCUCCUAACUUAGCCACUCAUUACCCCUCCCUACGUGUGUGCCCAUGGCCAUCUUCUCCUGACCCCACUUUAAUUUUGUUCAUCUUUCCCCUGCCAUUGAUUUUUUGAGACUCAUACAUUAAAUUCAUCAAAAAACCUGGGAAGUA